CUCCCUCCCCCUCCCUCCCGGCUCCGAACUCCAGCCCCUCUCUCUCUCUCUAUCAGCCGCUCACUCUGUCUCAAUAUGUCUCAAGAUGGCGGCCAAUGUGGGAUCGAUGUUUCAAUAUUGGAAGCGCUUUGAUUUACAGCAGCUGCAGAGAGAACUCGAUGCCACAGCAACAAUAUUGGCCAACCGGCAAGAUGAAAGCGAGCAGUCCAGGAAGAAACUUAUCGAGCAAAGUCGGGAGUUCAAGAAGAACACUCCAGAGGACCUGCGCAAACAGGUAGCUCCACUACUGAAGAGUUUCCAGGGAGAGAUUGACGCAUUGGGUAAAAGAAGCAAAGAAGCAGAGGCAGCCUUCUUGAAUGUUUAUAAGAGAUUAAUUGAUGUCCCAGAUCCCGUUCCAGCUUUGGAUUUAGGACAGCAGCUUCAGCUGAAGGUUCAACGUAUGCACGAUAUUGAAACAGAGAACCAGAAACUUAGGGAAACUCUAGAGGAAUACAACAAAGAAUUUGCCGAGGUGAAAAAUCAGGAGGUUACAAUAAAAGCACUUAAGGAGAAAAUCCGAGAAUAUGAACAGACCCUGAAGAACCAAGCUGAGAACAUAGCUCUGGAAAAAGAACAAAAAUUACAAAAUGAUUUUGCAGAGAAGGAGAGAAAAUUGCAGGAGACACAGAUGUCGACAGCCUCGAAGCUGGAAGAAGCUGAACACAAAGUCCAAGCUUUGCAGACAGCCCUGGAAAAAACCAGAACAGAACUGUUUGAUCUGAAAACAAAAUACGAUGAAGAAACUACUGCAAAGGCUGAUGAAAUCGAGAUGAUCAUGACAGACCUUGAAAGAGCAAAUCAGAGGGCAGAGGUGGCUCAGAGAGAGGCAGAGACCUUAAGGGAGCAGCUCUCGUCAGCUAACAAAUCUCUCCAACUCGCUACACAGAUCCAGAAGGCACCUGAUGUGGAGCAGGCCAUCGAGGUGCUGACACGGUCCAGCCUGGAAGUAGAACUGGCUGCGAAGGAGAGGGAGAUUGCCCAGCUGGUAGAAGAUGUCCAGAGACUACAGGGCAGCCUCACCAAGCUGCGGGAGAACUCCAGCAGCCAGAUCUCCCAGCUGGAGCAGCAGCUGACCGCCAAGAACAGCACGCUUAAACAACUGGAAGAAAAACUGAAAGGACAGGCUGAUUAUGAAGAGGUUAAGAAAGAAUUAAAUAUAUUGAAAUCCAUGGAGUUUGCACCACCUGAAAGCUCUGGUGCGCAGGAUGCAUCGAAACCGCUGGAGGUGCUGCUGCUGGAGAAGAACCGCUCGCUGCAGUCCGAGAACGCCACGCUGCGAAUCACAAACAGUGACCUGAGUGGGUCAGCCAGGAGAAAAGGGAAAGACCAGCCUGAGAGUCAGCGUCCUGCAACCUUGCCGGCUUCCCCUCCUUCUCAGUUGCUCCGCAACGCGGGGGAGCAGGCUUCCAAUACUAAUGGUACACACCAGUUCUCACCAACGGGUUUAAGUCAAGACUUUUUCAGCUCAUCCCUGGCAAGCCCCAGCUUACCCCUGGCCUCCACAGGAAAAUUUGCACUAAACUCUCUCCUCCAGCGACAGCUAAUGCAGUCCUUCUACUCCAAGGCAAUGCAGGAAGCAGGAAGCACAAGCAUGAUUUUUUCAACAGGUCCUUACAGCACAAACUCCAUCUCUUCCCAAAGUCCAUUACAACAAAGUCCGGAUGUAAAUGGCAUGGCCCCAUCUCCCAGCCAGUCAGAAAGUGCUGGGAGCAUCUCCGAAGGCGAGGAGAUAGACACAGCCGAAAUUGCACGUCAGGUGAAAGAGCAGUUGAUCAAGCACAAUAUUGGACAGCGGAUAUUUGGACAUUAUGUGUUGGGACUGUCGCAAGGGUCUGUGAGUGAGAUACUAGCCCGGCCAAAGCCAUGGAAUAAACUGACUGUGAGAGGCAAGGAGCCAUUUCAUAAGAUGAAGCAGUUCCUGUCGGACGAGCAGAACAUCCUGGCUCUUCGCAGCAUCCAGGGUAGACAAAGAGAGAAUCCAGGCCAGAACCUGAACAGACUAUUUCAGGAAGUACCGAAACGAAGAAAUGGGUCUGAAGGUAAUAUAACCACACGAAUCCGAACCACAGAGACUGGCUCUGAUGAAGCCAUCAAAUCCAUUCUUGAACAAGCCAAAAGGGAGCUGCAAGUACAGAAAACAGCUGAGCCGGCUCAGCCGCCUUCUGCAUCUAGCAGUGGCAAUUCUGAUGAUGCUAUUCGAUCCAUUCUGCAACAAGCCCGACGUGAAAUGGAGGCACAGCAGGCUGCUCUUGAUCCUGCCUUAAAAACAACACCUCUGUCUCAAGCUGACAUUUCUAUCCUGUCCCCCAAACUAGUAUCUACAUCUGCAAUGUCUUCAGUUUCCAGCUAUCCUCCUUUGGCCAUAUCCCUGAAGAAACAUUCAUCUGUUACUGAUUCCAGUAUCUCUGCAUUGCAGAACCUCUCUGGGCUCAAAAAGGAGCCGCAGGAGGCGCCUGUUUUAGAGCUUCAUGGAAUAAGUGAUUCUGCCCAGGGUAUGUUGAGGCAUGUUAAAAAUGAGUUGGGACGUGGUGGUGUUUGGAAAGACCAUUGGUGGAAUACUGUGCAGCAUGAGAGAAGAAAUACAGCUCUUCCCGAAGAUAUAAAAGUUGAGGAAGCCAGUGGUGGAAAAGAAAAGGUCAGCAAUCAGACUAGGCCAGAUCGUAGCCAGCUCCAAGGACCAUCUUCUUCAGAGUAUUGGAAAGAGUGGCCAAACGCUGAAUCUCCGUACUCGCAGAGUUCUGAAUUGAGCAUGACUGGGGCGAGUCGCAGUGAGACGCCACAAAAUAGCCCCCUCCCUUCAUCCCCUAUCGUGUCCUUGUCCAAGCCAUCCAAACCUUCAGUUCCUCCUCUGACACCUGAGCAGUAUGAGAUUUAUAUGUACCAGGAAGUGGAUACGAUAGAACUAACGCGGCAGGUCAAAGAAAAGCUAGCAAAGAAUGGCAUCUGCCAAAGGAUCUUUGGGGAAAAGGUAUUGGGGCUGUCCCAAGGAAGUGUCAGUGACAUGCUCUCCAGGCCAAAGCCAUGGAGUAAAUUGACACAAAAAGGCCGAGAACCAUUUAUUCGUAUGCAGCUCUGGUUGAAUGGUGAGCUGGGACAGUGUGUCCUGCCCGCACAAGGGCAGCAACAAGGACAAGUCCUUCACUCUGUGACAUCAUUACAGGAUUCCCUACAGCAGGGAUGUGCAAGCUCAGAAAGCACUCCAAAGACUUCUGCCAGUUGCAGUCCUGCUCCCGAAUCUCCCAUGAGUUCCAGCGAAUCGGUAAAAAGCCUGACAGAAUUGGUACAGCAGCCCUGUCCUUCUAUAGAGACCAGUAAGGAUGGCAAAUCCCAGGAGCCCAGCGAGCCGCCUGCUUCCGAAUCCCAGUCCACAACCCCUUUGCCACUGUCGGGCCACUCAGCACUCAGCAUCCAGGAGCUGGUUGCUAUGUCCCCGGAGCUGGAUACGUAUGGCAUCACAAAAAGGGUCAAGGAAGUGCUAACGGACAACAAUCUUGGUCAGCGUUUGUUUGGGGAGACAAUCCUGGGGCUGACACAAGGCUCUGUCUCAGACCUGCUGGCUCGCCCGAAGCCCUGGCACAAGCUGAGUCUGAAGGGCCGGGAGCCCUUUGUCCGCAUGCAGCUGUGGCUGAACGAUCCCAACAACGUGGAGAAGCUGAUGGAUAUGAAGCGAAUGGAGAAAAAAGCCUACAUGAAGCGGCGACACAGCUCUGUGAGCGACAGUCAGUCGUGUGAGUCCUCCUCCACUGGAAUCGACUACAGCCAGGGUGCCAGCCCACAGCCACAGCACCAGCUGAAGAAGCCCCGGGUGGUGCUGGCACCAGAAGAGAAGGAAGCUCUGAAACGAGCCUACCAGCAAAAGCCAUACCCAUCACCAAAAACCAUUGAGGAACUGGCUACGCAGCUCAACUUGAAAACCAGCACCGUGAUCAACUGGUUCCACAAUUACAGGUCUCGCAUCCGCCGGGAGCUGUUCAUCGAGGAGAUCCAAGCGGGAAGCCAGAGCCAGGCCGGGUCGAGCGAUUCUCCUUCGGCACGAAGCAGCAGAGCAGCCCACAGCUCGGAGGGAGACAGCUGCGACGGCGUGGACGCGGAGGGCCCACCUGAAGGAAAGCCGAGCGGCGCGGAGGCGGACGAGUACAGCAAUGCAACCACAAAGUCUCAGGGAGGGCAAGCGGAGUCGGCUCUGGAGGCGGGGGAAGAGGCAGCGCCGGGCGCCCGGCCCACGGAGCGAGCGGAGCCGCUGCUCAUGGCGGCCGAGGGCCUGGAGGACACCGACGACGAGGGCAGGCCCAGAGCGCCGCGCCAGGGCUCUCCGGCCGGGUGUCAGCAUGCGGGAGAAGCUCCGGAGACGCCGCCCGGCUCCGCCACGGAAGGGGAUGCCUCUACCUCAGCUGCCUCCACCUCAGUCCUUACAGGGGAGAGCUCCUACAAGUCAAAGGAGAGUUCAGAGAAAAGCUCCAGCGUGCCAAGUACGAGUUCGACGCCGGGCGCAGGCUCGCAGAAAGCCAACUCUCUGCAGAGCUUGUUCAGCUUCUCCGAGGCAGCGAGCUCCAGGAGCACACGAGACAGCUCCUUGAGGAAAAAGAAAGCCGCAAACUUGAACAACAUAAUCCACCGCUUGGAGAAGGCCGCCAGCCGGGAGGAGGCUGCCGAGUGGGAGUUUUGAGAUUAAAACUCGCCCAACUCUGGAGAGCUGGGAAGUGAAACUGGACCUCUACUGGUUUUAUUGUGUUGCGCACUUAUCCGCCCUGCGGGCCACAGGGCAAAAACGCCAUAGGCCAAGGUGCAUAUAGAAAACAAAAGGAGCGUUAAGCCCAAUUUAUGUUCGUGUUUUCGAGGAAGAAAACUGAAAUGUGUAGUCGAGCUUUUUUGUACCCUGAAGUGUUUUUAUUAUUGCCCUAAGUGAUUUCCACGGUUUCUGGAAUAACUCAUACAGCUUUGCCUUGUGCCCUCCUCUUUGGUGUGGGCUUUAAAAAAAAAAAAAAAGAAAAAAAAGAAAAAAAACGUUUUAAAAAAAAAAAAAAUCGAACCCACGUAUUAAAAGGGGGCUUUUUAUCUGCCAUCUAAUGGCUACAGAGCGAUAAUACACUAUUAUCUUCUUAAACCAGGAAAAAAGGGGAGAUUUUUCAAAAAAAAAAAGAAAAAAAAAAGAAAGUUUUUU